CUCUUCCGACACUAACAGGGAUGUGAACUGCUGCUGCAGAGCAGUAUGACUACAACUGAUAAACAUAUAAAGGAUAUUACAAUCGACAGCUAAUCUAUGACUGUAUAAUGACUGAAUCUCCGGACAGUCGCAGUCUUGUUUCUGCGUCCUCACAGCUCAAUUUAAUGGAAAUAGAGGCGAUUGAUGAUAAAGAGUUUGACAUCCCUCAAGUGGACACUCCUCCGACCCUAGAGAGCAUCCUGAAUGAGCCUGAAGAUGAGGAUGAGCCAUUCAUUCUGGAGGACACAUGUCUUUUGAACACAGAGAACAUUGACGCCCACUCGUGUGAGACCUCAUCUCUGGCCAGCUCUGACAGUGGAGACCGCACACACUUAAAGAGGAGGAGGAAAGCAGUGGAAACUAAUGCUACAGUACAUGGAUCUGUUCUUAGACGCAAUGUGCUGAAAGGCAUCUCAGCUCAGAUAGUAUCUGCUGCGGAUAAAGUUGAUGCUGGCUUGCCAACGGCUGUAACUGUUUCAAAUGUGAUCGCUGUGGGGACGUCACAUGGUCUGGCCUUAGUAUUUGGAAAAGAUCAGAACCAGGCUCUGCGUCUCUGUCUGGGCACCACAGCGACAGGAGCGGAGUAUGGGGCGGUGUCGGCUCUCAGUAUUAAUCACGAUUGCACACGACUGCUGUGUGGCUUUGCCAAAGGACAGAUCACCAUGUGGGAUCUGGCCAAUGGGAAGCUGCUCCGCACUAUCACUGACGCCCAUCCACCCGGCACUGCCAUUCUACAUGUGAAGUUUACUGACCACCCGGCACUAGCUGUGUGUAAUGACAGUGGCGGAUCAGUGUUUGAGCUGUCAUUCAGGAGGGUGAUGGGAAUGAGGACAUGUGAAUCCAGGUGUUUAUUCAGUGGUUCUAAAGGUGAGGUUUGCUGUGUUGAGCCUCUACAUGCUGGACCUGAACUGAAAGAUCAUCCCAUUACCCACUACUCCCUGCUGGCCAUGGCCUCACUCACCAAGAUUCUGCUGAUAGGACUGAAGCCUUCACUCAAAGUGUGGUUGACUUUUCCCUACGGCAAGACGGAUCCUGCGAGUGUUCCCUUGCUGGCUUGGCAGUUUGUGGCAGUACAGAAAACAAUCAACCCCGUUCUUGCCUUCUGUAGAGGGGACACCAUCCACUUCCUGCUGGUUAAAAAAGAUGAGUCUGGCAUCAUCCAUGUCAUCAAACAUAGACAGCUGCAACUCAGCUGUGACCUCAUCAGUCUGAGCUGGAUAAACCCCCGUACGCUUGUGUUAAUGGACAGCACAGAGAAGUUGCGAGUGGUGGACAGGCCCAGUCAGGAGGAGCUGGAAACUGUGGACAUGGCCGAACUACAGCUGGUUUACAACAGCAGCCAUUUUAAAUCCCUCGCUACCGGUGGAAAUGUCAGCCAAGCACUGGCUCUAGUUGGAGAGAAGACAUGCUACCAGUCUGUUUGCAGCUAUGCAGGCCAGAUCAUGUACCUGGGAACAAAGUCUGUGCACAUCAUGACCCUGAGGAACUGGCGUGAGCGUGUGGACCAUCUGUUGAAGCAGGAGAAGUUCAUGGAGGCUCUGUCUCUUGCAUGGUCCUUGCACGAGGGCACCGCCAAAGCUGUGCUAGGUCUAUUUGCAGACCCUGCUAAGAGAAAAGGUGUGGUUGCAGACAAGAUGGUGGAAAUUUUGUUACAGUAUGUGGAUCGCUCUCUGAAAAAGUGUCCAGAGCAAGGAAAAAUCCAGGUGAUGGAGCAGCACUUCCAGGACAUGGUUCCUGUCAUGGUGGAUUAUUGUCUCCUUCUACAGAGAACUCAAAUAAUAAAAAUUAACUGCUUCUUUUUCCUGGUUUUUCAGAAACUGUUUCAGGCCAUUGGUCCUCCUCUUCAUGAAGGAAAGCCUCUCACAGAUGAGCAUGUUGUGAUGGGAAAUAAACUGCUGGUGUACAUCAGCUGUUGUUUGGCAGGACGGGCCUAUCCGUUAGGUGACAUUCCUGAAGAUCUGGUCCCUCAGGUGAAAAACCAGGUGUUUGAGUUUCUCAUUCGUCUGCACUCGGUGGAGGCUGCACAGGAAGAGGAAGUGUAUCCCUACAUCCGAACUCUUCUGCACUUCGACACUCGAGAGUUCCUCAACGUCCUGGCAUUGACAUUUGAGGACUUCAAGAAUGACAAACAGGCUCUGGAGUAUCAGCAAAGGAUUGUGGACAUUUUACUGAAGGUUAUGGUGGACAAUUCUGACUUCACCCCGUCUCAGGUCGGCUGUCUUUUCACCUUCUUGGCACGACAACUCGCCAAACCUGAUAAUACCCUCUUUGUCAACCGGAAGCUGUUUGACCAGGUUAUGGUGGACAAUUCUGACUUCACCCCGUCUCAGGUCGGCUGUCUUUUCACCUUCUUGGCACGACAACUCGCCAAACCUGAUAAUACCCUCUUUGUCAACCGGGAUUUAACUAACUUUGUUUAUCAGAUCUGCGAGUUUAUGUAUGACAAAAAGCACCUUUACAACAAAAUUGUUGACUGCUACCUGAAAGACCCUUUGAGAAAGGAGGAGCUCUUCAACUACAUCCACAACAUCCUGUCCAUGCCAGGCUACAGCUCAGAGGAGAAGCAGCUGGUGUGGGUCAAAGCUCUUCAACACAUCAAGGAUCUGGUCAGCAUUAGCUCACCUAAGACAGCAGAGCUAGUUGCAGUGCACUUCGCAGACGAGGUGCAGUCUAUCAUCACAUCUCUGCAGGAUGACUAUUUGGCGUUCCAGUUUCUGAAGUGCCUCCUGAACCCCAGCUUCAGAGAGGGUCUGAAUCCUCAGACCAUCUUGAGAUUGGGUCCAGAUCUUCAUGAGCUCUUAGUGGACCUACUGUGCCAGUUCAGUCCUCAGCAGGUCACCGCCUUCCUUAAGACCUCUCAGGACUAUCGACUGGAGGAGGCCAUUCAGAUCACAGAGAAACACAAGCUGCAUGAGGCCGCGGCCUAUUUGCUGGAGAAGAAGGGAAAUGUGCAGGGAGCUUUUGAAGUGCUGCUACAGGCUUAUCAGAGCCUGGUGUGGAAACUGCACUGCCCUGAAGUACAAAGUGCUAGAGAGAGAGCAUUAAAAGAGCUCACUAUGAAAGUCUUAAACAGCAUGUCCAGUUUUAUCGCCCCACCUGCCAUCAUUCAGCGCAUCCUACAGGACCCUGUGUAUGGGAAAGGAAAACUGGCUGAGAUUCAGGGACUCAUUUUAGGGAUGCUAGAAACCUUCAACUAUGAACAGACUUUGUUGGAGACGACCACAAAUCUGUUGAAUUCAGAUCUUCACUGGUCUCUGUCACACCUGCGCAAGGCGGUCAGUAGAGGGCUUCACCCAAGACAGUACCACUGCAACAUCUGCUUACAGCAGUACAAGAGAUGGCAAGAGAGCGAGGAGGAGAUCAUUAUCUUCAGCUGUGGACACCUGUACCACUGCCAGUGUCUUCAGCGUAAAGAGGUGGGUGUUUUGAGCGAGAGGCAGUACUCGUGGAGCUGCUACAAAUGCACAUCCAACCAGGGCUCACGGCCAGCGGACAGACCCAGCGCAGAGAGCUCUCGAUCACGCUCCACUUCUCUGGCACAGACCAAAGUGACGUCUGCUCAUCGUGGGAUUGUAACAGAGGCUCAUGGGAGAAAGAUGUUGACUGAAGCCACUCUGGAUGCCCAGCAGACACAGGCCUGGGAUCAUUUCCGCACUCUCUACAGAGGACCAUCUAGGCUUGCUGUUCUUACAGAACUCACACAUUCUCAUGGCAAUGAGAGGGCCGGUUUCUCGAACCCUGUCCAUCCAGGAACAGGAAGUAUUUAUCACAGCGAGAAUUUCCAGUUAAAGCUUUCUCCUCCGCCACUGGUGGAGGAGUAGAUGAUUCUGCCCACUGUUACAAAUCAUAAUAAAGCACUACCAUGUCUGUACAGAACUCAUGUUUGAGAUGUUGUUUCAACAAAUAAUGCUUUAUUAGUCAUCACACUAGUCCAGUCCUUGCAGUGUCAAAUCGGAUGAUACAAAUUAAUUGUCACAACAUUACUAGUUAUUUCCACAAGUUUCAGAAAUGCUGAAUGGAGUAAAAUCAUUUAU